AGCGGAAUUGCGAAAUACCGCAUGAAGGACCCUUCUGUGAUCUUAUGUGGAGUGAUCCUGAAGAUAUUGAAACAUGGGCUGUCAGUCCACGUGGAGCUGGUUGGCUUUUCGGGUCUAGGGUUACCACUGAGUUUAACCAUAUUAACAAUCUUGACCUAGUAUGUCGUGCACACCAGCUUGUACAAGAAGGCCUCAAGUACAUGUUCCAAGAUAAAGGUCUCGUAACUGUGUGGUCUGCACCUAAUUACUGCUACCGCUGUGGGAAUGUGGCUUCUAUAUUGAGUUUCAAUGACAACAUGGAAAGGGAAGUGAAGUUCUUCACGGAAACAGAAGAGAACAAUCAAAUGAGAGGGCCAAGAACAGGUGUUCCUUAUUUUCUGUGAUUCAUGAUGAUGAUCCUACAUCGUUAUUAGUCUCGUAUUGCUCUGAUCAAAGUUAGCCAUUAUCACCAUUGCCAUUGGCUUAUGUUCUUUCAAGGUAUAUCAUCUGAUGUUGUUUACACUUCCAUUGUUUUUUGCUCUUUUCCAUUUUGGAAACAUUUUAUUGUGAAAGUGAAUGUCACUUUGGUAACUUUAGUAGUUUUGAUGCACUUUAACCUGGACUUCUUCUGGUUGUUAUUAUUAUACGUGUUUCUUUCCUGUUUUGUUUCGUCUUU